AAGCCCGGUUAGAUCCCCGAGAGGCGGACUGGCCAGUGGGUCUCUGAGAGCAGGAGAAGCCCACGGCAGACCGCUCCCUGCUCAGAACCGCGCGCGACAUGAGCCUCGGGAAGAGAACCGACAUGUUCCCGGAGAUCGCCGCCGCCGUGGGUUUCCUUUCCAGCCUCCUGAGGACCCGGGGCUGCGUGAGCGAGCAGCGGCUUAAGGUUUUCAGCGGGGCGCUCCAGGAGGCACUAACAGAGCACUACAAACACCACUGGUUUCCUGAAAAGCCAUCCAAGGGCUCUGGCUACCGUUGCAUCCGUAUCAACCACAAGAUGGACCCCAUCAUCAGCAGGGUGGCCAGUCAGAUCGGACUCAGCCAGCCCCAGCUGCACCGGCUGCUGCCCAGCGAGCUAACGCUGUGGGUGGACCCCUACGAGGUGUCCUACCGCAUCGGAGAGGACGGCUCCAUCUGUGUCCUGUACGAGGAGGCCCCGGUGGCCACCUCCUGUGGGCUCCUCACCUGCAAGAACCAAAUGAUGCUGGGCAGGAGCAGCCCCUCGAAGAACUACGUGAUGGCCGUCUCCAGCUAGACCCUGGUGCCUCCCUGGCACUCUCCUGUACUCAUCCUGCCGUGACAACAGGCUGCUGCAUACCUCAACCUGGGGACCUGUAUUUUUAAAUGAAGAGCUAUUUAUAUAUAUUAUUUUUUUUUAAGAAAAGAGAAAAAAACCAAAAGAUUUUUUUUUUAAGAAAAAAAAAAAUCCUUAAAGGGAGCUGCUUGGAAGUGGCCUCCCCAGGUGCCUUUGGAGAGAACUGUUGUGAGCUUGAGUCUGUGAGCCGGUGUCUGCCUAUGGGAGAGAGUGGCCAAGCCAGGGUGAGGGAGAAAGUUGGCCAGCACCCUGGGCAAGGUUAGCAACUGUGAAUGAGGCAGGUCAGGGUCUGCCCUGGGUUGGGGAGUCCAGACUCUGGCAGCCAGGACUGGAGCUCCCCUGGCUCCUCUCUUACUCAGGGGCACUCAUGCCUGAACUUACAUAAUUCUAUGUUGCCUACUCUUCUCUUAUUUUCCUGAUGAGAUCUUAGGUAGAGUUAAAAGCCCUCUCCUUAUUCCUUCUAUCCUUAACAGCUUUUCUUGAAAUCAUGACUCAGUUUCUAAUUCUACCCUCAGGGGCCUGUAUUGGUUGCUUCCCAGCCAGGAAUCUAAAGCUUUUGGGGGAAGAGGAGGAAAGCAGGGAUUUGAGGUCUUUGGGGUUAGGAUGGAAGAGAACUCUGCACAAAACCUUCACUUUGCUGCGUGCUGCUUUGUGUGUAUGUGUGGUAAAUAAUUUGAGGAUGAUUUGCAAUGGAAUUUUGGGAUCCAAAGAGUAUCCCCUGGAGAUGUUUUUUGGCCAAAACGCUUCUUUUUGGAACCAUAUGAAAGUCCUGGUGCUGCUGCUAUUCCUUUGAGAGGUGGCUCAGAAGCUACAAGGAACUCCAGGUCUUCUAUUACUGCCUUCUUUGCAAAAGCACAACCCUCCUUUCUCUCCUCUGCCCUCUGAUUGGAUCUUGGAACUACCCAGUUUCUAAGACAAGAGUUCUCAAUCACUGUGCAAUAGUCCUCCAGAUCCCUGGAGGGUCUGGGGAAGAACUGGCUCCCAAUACCUCCUAGUGAUCUCGUGGUUUUGAGACCCAUCUCCCCUGCACUCCGUGGAGAUUGGAGCAGGAAGGUACAGCUCCUCCUGGAAGGAAGGGGAGUGGCUGGGCUCUGCAGGACUACCUGGUGUUCUUGCAGGGCUAACACUAAAAGCCAAACCUCGGGCACUGUUUUUUCUCCCUGGUGCUCAGAGCACCUGUGGGAGAGGUUGCUGUCCUUCAGUAAACUCCAAAUCUAUCUAUAGAUGUGCAAUAUAUAUUGUCCUGGGCUGGAGAACAAUAGAAAACUACACUGGGAAGAUAGUCCCUUUCCUUCAGUUUCUCAGUGACGUGGAUGAGGGGUCCUCAGACAGCCUGGAGUCUCCCAAACCGAAUCACCUUAAGAAGGACAGCUAGAGCAUCUGGUCACCCUGGCUUCCCUCCUGCUGUUGCCCCUUAGUAAGGAACCUCUCCCCCCACCCCAAGUCCCCCACCCUUGCCACCUGCCCAUCCUGUCUCCUGGUUUCCUAACCACUCAGUUUUGAUUCAAAGGUGCUAUUUACCAAACUCUCCCUUCCUGACUCCUAGCCUUCCACCCCCCCAGUUUUCUGCUGCCUUCCCCCACCCUGCUUCCAGCCUUUAUUGCUUUAAAGUUAACUCUGGGCCCACAGUCCCAGGAGCUGUUCUCUGGCCUGUGGGUUGAAACAAAGCUGUGAAUUCUUGCAGAUUGUGUUCCUGCUUGUCUGUCUGCAAACAGGUCCCUGCCUUUUUAGGAGCAGCCUCAUGGUCUCAUGCUUGUCUUUUCUCUCUUAUUGAUGUUCACUUUAAAAACAACAAAACCCCCAGAGCUGGACUGUUGAGCAGGUCUGUCUCUCUAUUAAAUAAAAUAAUAGUAUGUUUGUAAGCUAUUCUGACAGAAAAGACAAAGGUUACUAAUUGUAUAAUAGUGUUCUAUAUGGAAGAUUGUACAGCUUUAUGGACAAAUGUACACUUUUUUGUUACUUUAAUAAAAAUGUAGCAGAUGAAGUCUGUGAUGUAGAGAAGGUAAAAUUUCCUGCCUUUCCCUCUCCAAUUCAAGUCCUUGCUUUGUGUUUCACUGUAUUUUUCUUGAGCUGCACUCAGGCAGCCUGUACUGUGUGGAUGGUACAAUCAAUAAACCUAGGCAUGAG